AUGGCCGCGCGCGUGGAGCAGGCGCUCGUGACACUGCAGCUCCAGCAGCUGGACGUCUUGUUGCUCCGAGCGCAGUCGCUCCCGGGGUCCAGCGGCAUCCACGCCCGCAAGCAAACCGUUCUGGAGGCGUGGGAGCACAUGCUGGCAAUCCAGCAAGCAGGACUGGCGCGACACAUCGGCGUGAGCGACUUGAGCGUCCAAGACGUCGACUUCCUGCUCACAGCGUACCCGGACAAUCCACCGGAAGCUUGGUCGAUGAUGGUCCAGCUGCCAGGAAAGACGUCCGACUUCUUGGGACUUGAUGCUCCACUCGAAGACAUCACUGCAUUCGCUCACGCGCACGCUAUUGAUGUGAUAGUACGGCUCCCCAUCCACAGCCUUGACAGUCUUGAGCCGCAAGAGUUGCGUGAUGACUGGGAUACGCUGACUCACGAUCUGUCCGAGCGCUAUCGCGAGCGGCCAUUCAAAUUCCUGGUAGCUCACGAGAACGAAGGCAAAGCAGCUUCGUAUCACAUGGACUCACACGCUCUCGGUGACGGCGCCAAGGUGUUGCAGACCCCGCUGCAGAUUGUUGUGCGCUACUUGCUCCAAAAGGGUCUUGUCGUUAUUCCGCAAGGAGUCGAUGGCUUGCAGUGUGACGAUCAAGACCUGGAGGCCGAGGAGCACGCACUUCGCGAGGUCUUCGGUCCCCUCGCUCAUCCAUUCACAGCGAUUCAUCCAUCGUGCUCCCCACACAAAGUCUAUUCCAGCGUGUUGACGCGCGAUGACCUCGCUGCGAUCGAUCGCGCGCUGUCGUUCCCCCUCCCGACCCCACCGCGCACACCUAUUAGUACAACUUGA